AUGAACCAAAGCCAAAAUUUUGCUGGCCAGCACCUAAAACUUGCCACACAUGCCUACAUCCUUCAAGAGCUAGGCUCAGCGAUCGAUGACAAAAUAUUCGAUGAUCCCAAAACAAAUGAAAUCGAGAAGAUUCAGAAGAUUCUAGACAAUUCGGAUUACCAACUCAGAAUGUAUGGAUCGGCUGAGGAGUUGGCUCAAAACUUGAAAAUCUACAGAAAUUUUCCAGAGAGUUAUCAGUUUUUUAGAACCCAUUAUGAACCAUCUGAUAAUACUGUAACUGUUUACAAAAGCUUAAAGGGCGAAAAAUACGUUUACAAGAAUGAUCUUUUUGUGUUACUUCAACAGUUUGCAUUUGAGAACUUUCUGGAAUCGUUUCCAGGAUCGAACACCGAAGACCUCCGCUUCAAAAUCGUCUCGGCUCUUCGCAUAACCGAAAACAAACUAUUAAAAAAAAUAGAAUUCGUAAAACACAACCCGAAAGUGUUUGAUGAGGUACAAAAAGAAAUGAAAGAGUUAACGAAAAUCGGGAAAAUUGAUCUGGAUCAAUUGGAAUCAGAACUAGCUUCCGGCAACUUCGCCAACAUACUGGCAAAAUUCAAAAUGUGCAAUAUGAAAGACACUUGGGACCAUUCUCAAGUUCUUUUAAGUUUGACAACGUACUAUCAUAGUUUACCAAAGGGAAAAAAGGGUCCAGCAAUGGCUCAUUUUUUGUUACCCCUUGUAAUUGUCAAAUGCUUCACUGCGAUCAUUGAUAAACGACCUGAAAUGUUUAAUCCAUUCGCUGAGAAUUAUAAAGGACCAGUAGCUGUUCGUUUAUUUGUCGAUGGAGAUCAAAAGUUCCUGCUCAAAGCCGAAAUCGUGAAUGCAAUCAAUAAAACAACUGGAAAUAAGGGGGAUUUCAAGGAUGAAGGGCACAAAAUUGAAACUAUUAGUUUGGAGAAUGUUCGAGAGAAGUUUGGAGGCAGAAUCAAGAAUAUUGAGUUCAUCCUAACCCCGUAUCUCCGUGCCAAACAUCGAGCCGUUCCCAUUCGAGAAUUCGAUUCUGAUCAAUUCUGCAUUCUUGCACUCGACGCGUUUUUUGAAUUCUUCAGACGCCUCAUUUUCGGAAUCAAAAUGUUCCGAAAAUAUCGAGAUCCGACAUGCGAAAUUUUUCCUGAUAUUUUUGAUGCCUUCACUAAGAAAACCUUUCUGCCGGAUCACAAAAAUCUCUACUUUUUGAGAGACAAGCUGAUCCGAGAAAUAUUGCUUUAUAUUGCUCCCGAAUCGGAAUUUCCUAAUAAAGAUGUCAGAAACGCCAAAAAGGACGGAUUCACUGUUCAAAAUCUGAAGAACGAGCUAGCGCAUUUAUCGCUGACCGAAAGUUUCCCAGAGAUUCAGAAUUAUGCGGAAGCUGUGUAUUCGGAAAUCGAGAAGAACAAAAAAGGAGACGUUUUGAGGACAUGUGAUUUGUUUGAUGCUAUUGAGCAGUGUUUGUUGAUUUGUGUCCUGGAGAAUUAUCCGAAAUUCAAAAAGUUUGUGCACAACCAGAAAGGGUGUCAUCGAGUGAUCGGAUUAAACUGUGAUUCGUGCAGAACUACAGUGAAAAAGGACCAAAAAAUCGAGGCCCCACGUUCAAAGAUCCUACCGGAGAAGGACCAAAAAAUCGCAGAUGCAUCGCAAUUUCUAGAAAUUCUAGAUAACGCACUGACACCGAUGGGUCUGCAUAAAGAGGCAAUGUACUAUAUUAUCGAUGAGAUUCGCCCAAAUCUCGAUAAAAUUAAAUAUCCCAAAAUUAUCAGCGGAAAUGAGAAGGAAUUAUUCCAAUCCAUGAUGAAAGUCUCUAAUCAGAAGCUUGAAAUGUACGGAUCAGCUGAAGAACUACUGGAAAACGUCAAAAUCUAUAGAAGUUUUCCAAAGAGUCACAAGUUCUUCCUCACUGAUUUGGAGCCGUUUCAAACCACCCCAACCAUAUACCGUAACCUCAAUGAUAAACCAUACAUUUGCAAGCACGACCUAUUUGUUAUCCUACAAAAUUUGGUCGCCAAAAUUUUCAAAAAUAGCGAUUUGGAAUUUUUGACAAUUGUUGCUUAUCAUCUGAAACAACAAGCAGAAAAACUUGGAGAUUCUAUGGAAUUUGUGCCGUUGGAUACAAAUGUUUUGAGGGAUAUGCAAGAGGAAUUGCGGAUUGAUAUGUCUAGAAGACUUAAGCUGUUUUUUCAGGCCCACAACCACAGGAAACUGAAAAUCGAAUUGUCACGUCUUAGUUACCAAAAAAUCAUUGAAAAAUUCAAGAAAAUCACACCAAUCGAUUGGGAUCCAAAUCGCCACGAUCGAAUUGAGACGCUCAUUAAACACUACGGUAGAACUGCAAAAAACGAGAGAGCGAGAAUCGAGGAGUUGUCUACACUCUACACAGCUACUCGGCUAACUGUAGAAUGCCUUCAAAAUGUUAUUGAAAAACAUCCGGAACUAUUUUUGCCGGAUAGAAAAACUGUGAGAUUGUUCGAGGACGGAGAUGAGCAGUUUGUGAUGAGAUCUGAAGUUUUGGAUAUUUUGAGAACGAAGGGAACCCCAGAACACAUCUUUCUAUCUACCAUGAAACUAGCGGAUAUUAGCGGAAAGAAUAUUGAGGUUUUAAAAGUCGAAAAACCCAUUUUAAAAAUCGAUAAUUUUCAGUUCAUUCGCUACCCGAUUCAUCGAGCUAAACACUGUGCGGUACCUAUUCCAGGUCCGUCAGGUUUCUACGUUCUAGCUGUUGACUCGCUGCUGGAAACGCUGAAAAUGAUGAUUUUCGGAUUGAAGCUAUUUCAAAAACGUGGGAAUUGGGAUGUGGAGCGGUGGAGAAUACAAUUGAUGGAUGCGAUGGGUCCAAUGUUUAACACGGUGUAUAAGAAGGAGGAGAAAGAUCCCUAUUUCUUCCACCACGAGAUCGUCAAUGUCUGCCGACAACAAUUCCUAGAAUGUUUCGGAAACACCCUAAACCUCCCAACAGCCGACAUUCGAUCUGUCAAACCCCAAGGAUUCACUCUAGAGGACCUGAAAAUCGAACUGACUCAUUUGGGACUAACCGACAUGUUCCCGGACAUUCUCUACCAUACUGGAAGGGUGUAUUCUGAAAUUGAGAAGAACAAAAAAGGGAGAUGUCUCAGAACUUGUGAUCUAUACUAUGCUAUUGAGAAUUGCCAACUGAUUUGCAUAUUCAAUCGGAUCAUUAAUCUCAAAAUAUUUCUACACAAUCAAAAAGGCUGCAAGAGAGUGCUGGGACUGGAAUGCGAGUACUGUGAUAAGGAUGAGCAAUGA